AUGGCAAGCGUCGACGACCACUCAUCUAAGUUGAUCCUCAGUCGCGACAUCCUCCGAAGGGUUGUCACCAUCCUCACUCUAAAGGGUGGCCAUGAGGACGACUGCAGCAUGAUCAAGAAACAGUACAUCAAACCCAGCAAGCGCUAUGGUCAGCCAGUCUCUGUCAAUGAUGGAGAAGAAUACGAAGUCCUUAAGCGUCUGCACGAACUCGCGGUUGAGUAUGACGGCACGCUUCGCAAACAGGGAGAUUUGAUAGCCUCUGUCGAGAGCCAACAACCUUUAGGAUUCAGUGAUGCCAUGCCACUCCAAUCCGACAAGGUUGUCUCUACUCAAGCUCACAUGGAAGAUACCUUUCAAGUCGACAAGGAAGUUGAUUCCGUGCAAGGCUCACAGAGCAUCAGUGAUGGCCAAUCUGUCGGUUCAUUUGACUCAUGCCAGCCGGAAGUAUCUCCUGCACCUUCCACUCCUCAGAAUGGACCAGGAUCAAUAUCGCCUCGCGACAAGUCUGAUGGCGGCCUCCCCUUGGACAUGCCUACCGAGAAGCGUCAACAUCAACACAACAAGCUUGGCUCAUCCGAUUCCGAUGCUUCUCCCCCACUUCAAAUCAGCAAUACUACUGUCUCCUUCGAAGCAACUAUCACAACCAACGAUGGCAGCUCCUCAAAGGUUCCUUUCAGCUUCCGCGAUAUGACUCAAACCCUUGAGAACAUUGCGGCAUACGUCGACUGGAAGAAUUCUGCCAGUGGCAUGCAUUGCAACGUGGAUUUCAACAGCUUCAUCAGCAUUAGGAAGUUCACUUCUGAAACUUCUAGUGCUCUCGUGGUGCGCCGCGGCUUGGGAGAUGAAUGA